AUGUCUCAUGCAGAUGAUGGUAUAGAAAAUGUUUCCUCAGGAGUUUCCUUACAAGAUGAGAUAAAGCCAAACUUUAAUGGGGUGCCCGCUCAAGCUUUAGAUGCAGUUAGAAUGCGUCUUGCACAGUUAACACAUUCAUUAAAGAGGAUAAGAGAUGAAUUGGCCAGGGCCACGGUUCCCCAGUGGUAUACUUUGCAAUCCCAGUUGAAUGUGACUUUGUCUCAGUUGAUGUCAGUUACUUCAACGCUUCAGCAUUUCCAAGAUACUUUAGAUUCCACAGUGGUUUAUCCAUUGCCAAGCUUCCCAACAACUUCUCAUGAAGGUUUAUUGACUACAUUACUUAGGAAAAAAAAUAUACCAGAAGUAGAUGACUGGCUUGCAUUUUCUAAAGAUGUCUCUGGAUUAGAUUUGAAUAUUUUGUCAGAGCAACAAGUUGAAGAUUCGAUAAAGGAGGAUAGAGAGGCAACCAAAUGGGCAUUAACUAAGUUAGUUGGAGAACUUGAAAAGUAUGAUUUUAAAAAUUUGUAUUACAACAUUGAUGAGAAUAAUGUUCCUGUAAGACCAACUAACUAUUUUAAACCAAAGCAACCGUUCGAUAUCAAUUCGAUACUUGGUUUUACUUAUAAAGGUGAAGGGUUUAAAAAAAAGGAAGAAAAUUCAUCAACUAAAAAUGAAGAAGAUGUUAUUAUGGUCUAA